AUGUGCAAGAAGAGAAGCCAGCUAAGAGGCAGAGGAAGAACCUCUACCGAGUUUCGUGAUCCCAGAAAAGGAGUUCGAGUUUGGCUCGGUACCUUCAACACCGCCGAGGAGGCGGCCCGAGCUUACUACAGGGAGGCUCGCAAAAUCCGCGGCAAAAAAGCCAAGGUCAAUUUCCCCAACGAAGACGACCACCUCUCCGCCAAGACAACCCGGCAUGAAAAUCUGGCGAUGGAGGUUAAGAGGAAGAAACAAAUCGAAGAAGAAGAAGAAGAGGAAGAACGAACAAGAACCAAGGCUCGUGAGGAAGAAGACGAAUUGUCUCGGAAUCAACAGGUUGUUUUGUUUAUCAACCUUUAUUCUUUGGACUGCAAUUUUCGAAUUUCGAUUACCUCAGGAAGAAUAGUAUUGCUGAUUAUAUUAUUUGUCAUUCGCUUUCUGGAUUCUAAUUAUGCUAUUCGUACUGACUAUGAAGGAGGACCUGCUGAAAUCAUCUGGCAAGGAAAUGACAUAAUUCUCAAGAAGAAAACGGUCAAGAUUCCUAAGAAAAACAGAGACCAAGAAACUAGAAAGGAUUCUAAUAGGCCUACGUCAAAUCCUCUCCCUCCACAAUCUGAAGCUUUUUCUGAUUAUAAAAGUUCAUCAAUGUCAGCACAGCAGCUGAUUGAGAGUGUUGCUCAACAAGUACCCCAUUUUGGAACUGAACAGGAUAAAGCUCAUUGCCCUUUCCAUUUGAAAACUGGAGCUUGUCGGUUUGGUCAGCGUUGUAGCAGAGUCCAUUUCUGUCCUGAUAAAUCUUCCACACUGCUUAUCAAGAACAUGUACAAUGGUCCCGGCCUUGCUUGGGAGCAGGAUGAGGGGCUCGAGUAUACUGAUGAGGAGGUUGAGCGCUGCUAUGAAGAAUUUUAUGAGGAUGUGCAUACGGAAUUCUUGAGGUUUGGAGAAAUUAUAAAUUUCAAGGUUUGCAGAAAUGGUGCAUUCCACUUGCGGGGAAAUGUGUACAUACACUACAAAUCAAUGGAUUCAGCUGUUGUUGCUUAUCAAUCUGUCAAUGGCCGCUACUUUGCUGGGAAAUAGAUAAGUUGUGAAUUUAUUAAUGUGACCAGAUGGAAGGUUGCCAUAUGCGGGGAAUAUAUGAAGUCGAGGUACAAGACAUGUUCCCGUGGUACAGCUUGCAAUUUUAUCCACUGUUUCCGCAAUCCUGGUGGAGACUAUGAAUGGGCUGAUGGUGAUAGACCACCCCCAAAAUUUUGGGCGAGAAAAAUGGUUGCUUUAUUUGGUUAUUCUGAUGCAGAUGAUAAACCAAUGGUAGAAGAAAAUUCUGGACAGCGGAGGAACUCUAGCAAGAAGUCAUUGGGAGAUUCUGAGAGGUACGGCUUGCGAAGAUCUAGGUCUAGAGGGAGGGACAGUGAUUCUGGUAGAAGAUGUGACAAUGAAAUUAUGUUCUAGAGGGAACAUGCCGUCAGAAGCAUACAGGUGAUGAGGAUCUAUGUGAAGAGAGCAAGAACUUAAGAGACUACAACCCUAGGAGGAGCAGAAAGUGGGAUACUGAAUCUGAUGGAGAAUUGUUGGAAAGGGAAAUAGAUAGAGACACACACCGUGGACAUACUAGGCGUAGCUCAAGACAGCAAAACAGGGAUGAUAAGAACAAAACCUAUGAAACUGAAUCUGAUGGGGAUUUGUCGCAACGGAACAGAAUAGCACAGCAUGGUACCAGGAAAAGCUCAAGCCAACAGCGGAAAGUAGAAUCCCCGGAUGAAUAUAGGGAUCGGGAGAACAAAAAUCAUGAAGUGAAUUGGGACUGGUCAGAUAGGGACAGAGACAAAGAUGCCGCAUACCAUGACAAUGGUAGACAUUCUGGGCAAAAGAGGAAAGUGAGAUGUCGGGGUGAUCAUAAGGACAUCAAGAACAGAGCUCAUGACACUGAUGGAGAGCGGUCAGACAGCAACAUGAAAGGUGAUGAGCAUCACAGUAGGAGGAAAAGCAUGGGACCCUCGCCACACUCCAGCAAAGCUUGUAAAUUCUCAAAUCACAGGGAAAGAACCACCAGGUCCUGUAGUACUGACAUAAGUGAUGAUCUGUUAGAAAACGAUGCAGAAAGGCCCCGUAGUCAUGCUGGGAAACGAUCAAAACGCUUAGAUGAAGUGUCAUAUAUUUCAGAUGAUGAUAAAGUCCCAACACUAGAUUUGAAACAUAGGCGUGAUCAUUUGAGCAUAGAGAUGAGGGAAGCUGAUUCUCUAGUUGAAAAUUUGAAAUCAGGUGGAACCCAUGAGUCCAGCAGUGUGGGUCUAGAUGAUAUAAGAUGCAACUCUGAUGUACUCACGGACAAAGAGGAUCGCUGGGAACCCGAAAAUAGUUCCGUUGAGAAUGAGAUAUACCAUACGUGUAAAAGAAAGGCUGGAAGUUGAGAGAGUGGCGAUUCUGGCAGGCCAGGUCCAUCUAAAGGAAGAGAUGAAUCAAGUGAUUUUGAUUCGGAACUCUACUACUAGGGUAAAAUUGGCCAGGAAGAAGACGAAAAAUCUGACAGGGUAACUCAUUCCGAACAUGGAAAAUCAAGGAGAAAGUCUAGAAACAAAGAUGGCAAGCUUGACGGUGAUAACAGACCACGGCAGGGUAGCAGCCAAUCAAGCCACAGGAGACACUCGAGUGGCUUGGAUGAUGCCACAGAUUCAUCCGAUGGUGACAAAGAAUCUGGAAGGAACCACGAGGCACCAUGCAGGUCAUAGAUCUCGUGAUCACAAACGAUGUCAUUAGAAGAAGUAAUCAUAAAAGCAAUAGGUUAGCCCCUUGAGAUUCAUCUCUAAGAGUUGUUACAAGUCUGUCCACAAGGAAGAAUACAUAAAUGUAGGCUGUGAAACCGUGUUCAGGCUGUGAAACCGUGUUCUCGUUAUCAGUUACUUGUGAAACCCCUUCUUAUUGUAUUGUUUCCAUGUUUUCAGUGCAGUUAUAGGCUCUUAUAUAUGAAGAAUAUUGUGAGGAUAUGUGCAUUAUAGUUGAAGUUUGGAGAAAGUA